GCAGGGCAGGCGGUCGACGCUGGCUGGUCCCCCCUCCCCUCCCCUGAAUGGAAAAACGUUUGGAUUAAUUUUGCAGUCCGGUGGUUCAAAGGCUGCAGGAGAUGGCUCUGUCGACCGGCGGACGUCGGCGCAUUUUGAAGCGCAACCUUGCCUGCGAGAAGGAAACAACGCUUGUUUUCAAGCCUCAGCCGCAAGAGCGCGGAGGAGCCAGGAGCCUCGGCCAUUAGGACCAUCUGCCUGCAUUGCACGCGACCGCGGCUGCUUCGUCUGUUGCUGCACCUUGGAUGGCUGGGCGAGGGGUCUGUCGUGCCAGUGCGGCAAGAGAAGCCGUGGGUGCUGCUACUGCCGUCGCCGCCGCCGCCAUGAAGCUUGCGAGAAUGGUUGCUGCAGCCAUGAUUUUUGCAAAGGCGGCUUCAUUGAUGCUUGGCUUGGAUGCUGAUAGGUCGGAGGCAGGAGAGGUGGGGGGGACAGCAGCAUUUGGCCGCGACUAGCACUUGUAUGGCAUUGCAGAUUGGAUGCUUCCCUGCUUUGCUUCCUGCAGCCUUUCGGGUCAAAACCAAAGGCCGUCUGGUUUGCCUAAUUUGCUCGGGUCUUUUGUGUCCCGGCUGGCAGUUGGCUAAGCCCCUCUGUGGUGAAUCGAGCUAUUGUGUUGGGACCCCAGAGCCUCCUCGCCACGGAGCUGUUCUCUCCUUCUCACCUCCCCCCCACCCCGCCACCCCUUUCUUCAGUCUCUCUCUCUCCGCCGCCGUCGCCGCUGCUACCCCCGCCUGGGAAGCCACACCAUUUGCUUCCCCUCCACAUGACUUUGCAAAGCUGGGUUUAAGGGCCAAUAAAGUGUAAUGCAUUGCGGGACGUGUGUCACAUCGGCUCUUUCGGGGGAGAGGAAAGGAACGGACCCGCAGCAACCUCGGAUGGACGAAGCGGCGGCAAAAUGUUGCUUGCACCGUCGAGCCCAGUCGUGCCUGUAAAGCGACUGGUGUAAAACAUUUCUUUUUUUGCAAAUCCCCGAGAUCGUGCAGCGAGCAAGCUGCGAGGCCUGGCUCAUGCUUCUGCCGCCGUGGCUGCUCCUGCUCGUGGUGGAUUAAGCCAAAAGGAGCAUCGAAAUGAAGAAGACUCGGAGUACAACCUUACGGCGAGCUUGGCCUAGCUCGGAUUUCUCCGACCGGGUCUCUGAUCGCAUGAGGUCCCGCAGUGAGAAGGACUACCGCCUGCAUAAACAUUUUCCCCCAGCUUUCCUUUCCCAGGCAUCACGGGGCUACAUGACAUCAGGUGAUGUAUCACCCAUCAGUAUGUCUCCCAUCAGUCAAUCACAGUUCAUCCCACUUGGGGAAAUCCUUUGCUUGGCCAUCUCUGCAAUGAACUCAGCACGAAAACAAGUCACACAAGAAGCACUAAUGGAACACCUAACAACCUGCUUUCCAGGUGUUCCAACUCCAAGUCCAGAAAUCCUUCGUCAUACCUUAAACAUGCUGGUCCGAGAGAGGAAAAUAUACCCAACUCCCGAUGGCUAUUUCAUUGUGACUCCACAGACAUACUUUAUUACGCCAUCCCUUAUAAGAACUAACAGUAAAUGGUACCAUCUUGAUGAGAGGAUACCUGACAGGUCUCAGUGUACCUCUCCCCAGCAAGGAACUAUAACUCCUUCCACCUCAGGCUGCGUCAGAGACCGAACAUUACCCAAAAACCACUGCGACUCUUGCCAUUGUUGCAGAGAAGACAUGCACAGCUUGCAUGCCUCCACCCUACAGAGAAAAUCAGCAAAAGACUGCAAGGACUCCUAUUGCCCCCCUUCUCUGUGCCAGGUGCCACCCACUGAAAAAAGUAAAAGUACUGUAAAUUUUUCAUAUAAAACUGAGACACUUACAAAGCCUAAAGAUGGAGAAAAGCAGUCUAAAAAAUUCGGGCUAAAAUUGUUUCGGCUAAGUUUCAAAAAGGACAAGACAAAACAGCUGGCCAAUUUUUCUGCCCAGUUUCCUCCUGAGGAAUGGCCUUUGAGGGAUGAAGACACGCCUACCACUAUUCCAAGGGAGGUAGAGAUGGAGAUUAUUAGGCGCAUUAACCCAGAUUUGACUGUGGAAAACGUCAUGAGGCACACUGCACUAAUGAAAAAACUUGAAGAAGAAAAGGCUCAACGAAGCAAGGCUGGAUCUUCAGCUCAUCAUAGUGCGAGAAGUAAAAAAAGUAGAAGUCAUAGGAAAUCUCAUGGGAAAUCUCGGUCACACAGCAAAACUCGGAUCUCUAAAGGAGAUCCUUCAGAGGGUUCUCAUUUGGAUGUACCAGGCGAAAGAGACUAUGAUUUCUAUGACCCCCUUACUAGGUCCCCACGGGAAGGCUGCUUCAUAAUAGAACACAAAAGGGACAACUUUAUCAUGCACAGCAGUCCUAAUGUUCUUGAAUCUCAUUUUCCAAUGACGCCUGAAUGGGAUGUAUCUGGUGAACUAGCCAAAAGAAGAACUGAGAUGCCUUUUCCUGAACCAUCUAGGGGAAGCUCCCAUUCUAAGGUCCAUCGAAGCCACAGCCAUACGCAGGACCGACGAUCAAGAAAUGAGAGGUCUAAUAAAGCCAAGGAGCGGUCUCGAUCCAUGGAUAACUCAAAAGGACUUUUAGGUGCUGUUUCUUUGGGUACUCCUGAAGAGAUAGUUGAAGCUUGCAGCCAAGAUGACCAAACUAAUAGCCAAACAUACAUUGAUGAUAGCACCUUAAGGCCUUCACAGUCGCUCAACCAUCAAAGGGCUCUGAUGUCAUCUGCAAACUACAAAGAGGUAGUUAAACCUGAAAAGACAGGUAGCCGUGCAGACACUCCCUGUAACCUGUUGGAACAAAACAAACCAGCAGAGAAUUUACCAACCUAUAGUGAGCUCAAUUCUUGUACGACGAAAUCAGCCACCGAUGAUUAUUUUCAGUGCAACACUUCUAGUGAGACUGUACUUACUGCUCCUUCACCGUUGGGGAAAAAUAAAGAUGACCAUGACACAGUGAUUUUGUCAGAUAGUAUUAAAAAAGUGUCUCCUUCAGAGAGGCAGUCACAGCACAUAGCCAGAGAGCCAGGAACACACAAAGAGGAAUCACCUAAAGGGCCAAACAAUAGUGGUGGACUAAUUGCUACUAGCCAACCCCCUGAAGUCAUUGCAAAUGGCCGACUGGUUCAACAUCACAACACAGAAUCCAGUAGCCUCGAUAAGAGGAAAGAAAUAUUUAGCAAAGACACACUGUUUAAGCCUCUCCACAGUACUCUGUCUGUGAACAGUUUCCAUAAGCCCAGUGUGCCACUACUAAAACCUCAUCAAAAGACGCCGUCAGACGCAUUGCCAAGCAGAUGUGACAAACUUGAGCAAACAAUGGUGACCUCUGUUACGCAAGUUAUUCCUGUUUCACAGAGACAACAGGAACCAGCUGGGAACCAGGAGGCAGCAUUUGAUUAUUAUAAUGUAUCUGAUGAUGAUGAUUCUGAUGAAGGGACAAAUAAAAACGCUGAAGAAGAGAAGAAUAGGGACGAUGUGGGUACUAUGCAGUGGCUUCUUGAGCGGGAAAAGGAAAGAGACCUGCAAAGGAAGUUUGAGAAAAAUCUCACACUCCUCACUCCAAAGGAAACUGAAAACAGCAACAAUCAGAGGGCCACACAUUCAGCUAGACUGGACAGCAUGGAUAGCAGCAGCAUCACUGUUGACAGUGGGUUCAAUUCUCCACGUACUCGUGAGAGCUUAGCAUCCAACACUUCAAGUAUUGUUGAAAGCAGUCGACGUCAGAACCCAGCACUCAGUCCCGCGCAUGGUGGUGCAGGUCCCGUGUUUAGCUAUCGAGCAGCUGCUGACCCACCCACGAGUGAAGCUGAAAAACUGCAGAAACCUGCUAAUUGCCUGCAAGCUUCUGUUACAAGUGUUUGAUAGUGUUUCUGCCUCAGAUCUUCUGUCUCAUCCUAUACAGUAAAGUUUACGACACUGGGACUAAUGUUUACGUCUUUGGGAAGGGGGAAAAAACCAGGCAUCUCAACUGCACAGUUUUUGGUGUCUACUUAAACUGUGCUGCUAAGUAGGCUAGGGGCAACAAAGAAAUCUUUAUUUCAAGGUAUUGCUUUUCACAUUUGCGGCUCUGUAGCAGCAGAAUAGCAGUAGGGAUAAUAUGUACACUUUUGCUUCACUUAAUCGUAACUGAGCACAUAUAUGAAAGUCUAGACACUGUAAGUGUAAUCUGCAUUUUCAAUGUCAUGCAGUUGCCAACUUCAUUUUAAAAAUGCCACAGAUAUGUGAUGCCCCCUACAACUGGUUAAGCUCUUUACCACAGAGUUGAUGCUUUCCCUUUAUAGCAAAGCCUCCAUUGAAAGUAAACAGCUAAGAAUCACCUUGGGGGAAAACAAUGCCAAACAAAACUUAGGGAAAGACCUCAAUGCUACCUGUGAAUUAUUUAUACAUCUGUCAUUUUCACUGUGAGUUUUCAUGACAUGAUCUUGCAAGAAUCCAUAGCCAAUGUAAGUCAAAAGAGGUCAUAUUUUAAAGAUGUGGGACAAGGCGAGAGAUAAUGGAGAUGUUUAUUUUUGCUUUGUUUGAUUUCUUUAAAAGUAUAUAAUAUGCUUGUCUAAAAUUUAUUUCUUAAUUUCCCGUAGCUGCAAGCAGGGAUACAAGACUUUGAAUUUAAGAUGAGGAAGGAGAAACCUAACUUUGAUUGGAGCGUGUCACUAAGUGAUAGAAGAGGUAACAAAGAAAGGUAGCUUUUUUAAAUAGGUGUUCACUGUGCCACUCCAGUUGUUACUCCAAAUUACUAUUGAAAUGAUUUGUUUGAACAAAGAAGAAGAAGAAAGUUCUUUGUGAUACAAAUGAUGAGUAAAUAGCCUGAAGAGUUGAUUUCUUUCUAUGGAAGGACAUAUUUCUAUUUUAUGUAACUUUUAGAGUGCCUAAAUUAGGCUGUUGAAACUAGCAUACACUGUAGAGGUUAUCAGAGAACAGAGUUUAGAGACUAAUAAACUUCAGGCCUUUUAUUGAAUUACAUUUCUUUGUGAGUUACCAUUGUACGGAAAUACUUAGUUUUUUUUUUCAAAGUCAUAUGAGUUGAAAUUAAAUGUGUUCAGAAGGAUCACUGGUAAAGAGAUGUUACUUUUCUAGCCUGAAAGAAUAAGAAAUGAUAAAACAGAUUUCAUUUCAUUGAUGUACUCAAAACCUUGCUAAGUUUUUCAUCAACAAAGGUUAGUUCAAUAAAAGACAUCACUUUA